AUGUUUCGUGGUGAAAAUGAUAUCUACUUAAUGGCAGCAGCCAACGCCAACGUCAAUGCCAUGCUGAUCAUGACUUUUUUGCAUCAAUUACAUGAUAUCUUAGUGCGUUAUUUCGAAUCUCCGACGAAGAAACAGGAUCUGGAGGGCCAGAAUGCACAGCAUGUUGAAGGCGAUCCGGGCUUAACGAGGGAGAAGAUCAUCGACAAUCAUGCUUUGGUGUUUGAACUACUAGAUGAGUGCAUGGAUUUCGGUAUUGUGCAGCUAACGGAUUAUAAUAUUUUGAAGGAGUAUAUUAAAACUAAAAGGAAUACUCCAACAACUUCAUUACAUAGUGACGACUCGCUGAUAGAGCUGGAUUCGGACUCAGAGAGUAAACCUGCCAAAAAGAAGGCUUCUACAAAGCUGGACAAGAAGAAGAAAAUCGCGAAUAAGAAGUUGAAAUCAACUCAUAAUCUCGCAAACAAAACCGACAUUCUCAAUGAGACGCAAGAACAGUUCAUCAACAGCUCGCUUGUACGGACCCAGGCCCUGGCCAUCAGCUGGCGACCGAAGGGUAUUUUCUACGCGAAGAACGAAAUCUACAUUGACAUUGUGGAGAAAUGUCACUUUCUUUACGAUCUAGAAUCAAAUACAGUGAAAGGAAAUGACAUAUCUGGUGUUUGCGAAGUGCGCUCUUACUUGUCUGGUAUGCCCGUGUGCAAGUUGGGACUCAAUGAGAAGUAUAUUUCUCAAGUCGAAUAUGACGGUGAGCUGGAGAGCACGAGCUCUGAUGAGGAUGAAGAUGCGUCACCAACGCCUUCUGAGGUGAAGAAUAAUCUUAUCAAGAGUUCGGACUCUCUAGAUAAUGAUGAUGCAAGCCAGACGCCAGAUAACAAUCACAAAAAAGAGAAACGUCUCAAAGUUCCCAUCACCAAUGUCUCCUUUCACCAAUGCAUAGAGCUAUCAUCGGUGUAUAAGAAAAACCUCAUUCAUUUCACACCACCUGAUGAUAGAUUCACUCUUUUCUCGUAUAAUGCUGCUCAGCAACGAAGGAAAGAGAAAAAGCCCCUUAUCAUGGUGGAACCAUUAUUCAAGAUAAUCAAAGCAGAAGGCAAAUUACAAGUGCUUUGUUCGCUCACUACGUCAUUUAAGAAAAGAUUACAUUGCAAGCCUCUCGUUGUUAGGAUCCCGAUAUCCCCAAAUCUUUUUCAUCUAGACGGCAAACAACACGGCAGUCUUCGUUACAAAGCUGAAUUAGGCGAUGCGCUGUUCGAGGUAGAUUCUUCGACGUUAACAUGGACUAUCCCUGAUCUUCCAGGCCUGAAGAUGAUAAUUCGAUUCAUGGCAGAGUUAACUAUUGAAAAUGCGGACCAAAUCGAUGAGGCGUCCAUAAAUGCAUCAUUCUAUCAGGCGCUGAAAACUUCAAACGAUCAAGAUGAAGAAUCUGCUUCUGAGCAGCUCAGCAAAUACUACGGCGUGGAUGGCAAAUCGUCCACGGUGUUUGAUGAGCUCCAACGACAUGCCAUGGCCUCACAGAAUCGUGAAAUACAUGUCGAAUUCUCGAUUCCUCUUUUGACAUACUCAGGACUACGAAUUACUUAUCUCAGUGUCGAGGAGAUCCAACUUAAGUACUCCUGCUUUCCCUGGGUCCGGUAUCUUACUGAAGUUCGCAACAAAGCCUUAUCGCAAACCCGAUCAGGUCGAACGAGUGAGUAUCGCUUUAGGCUUGCCCCCCGAUGCUUUCAGAUAUUAUAA